AUGUUUGCGAUUCCCCCACCACCGCGGUAUCCCAUCAACAGUGGCUUAAUCGCGACAACCCUUGAAACUGCGAAUACCCUGACCAUUCGCGAAGGGCCCGAAUACACAUUUCAGGCUGGCGAAGCAGGCACAUAUGUUUUAAGAGACGACCUACAACUCGCUACCCCUCCACCACAUCCUUCUGAAGCUCCUAUCGUCAAUCCCAAUCCCCUUGCGACCAACGUUGCUCCCCCCACCAGUGGUGUUAAAUUGUCUCUAGUAUCGCUUAGCCCGAAACAAAUCACUCCAGACCUCUACAGAACCACUACCGCGACGAGCAGUCUUUUGCGCUGGAGAACUUUGGGAUUAAACAAUUCAAAGGAAACAAAAGAGUCCAAGGAGCUCAAGGACGCAAGGGAGUUGAAAGAUAUCAAAGAAGUGGAGAAAGAGCCGAGGAUAUCAAUAGAGACGGGCAGUGAUAGUAGCAACCUUGCGACAUCACAAAAUGGAAGCAAUAAGUCGAGUACCGUGAAAGCCUUCGGUGAAGGGAAUGCUGCUCUCUCCCCCGUCAUCAGCAGAGAUGGUCUCAAGAGACGAAAACCCAAGAACAACAUCAUUAAGAGCAAUUCCUCAUUCGUCUCUCGCGUCAUUCCCCACGAAUCUCUCCCAAAGAAACUUCAGGAACGAGAUCAGCGAGGGACCUUUGCAUUUGUCAACAUCAACCGGGCUUUUCAGUGGCUGGAUCUGUCUUCAGGGUCCAAACAGGACCCAAUGACCAAGAUUCUCUUCACCAAGGCAAUGUUGGUAUCAACUAAUCGGUCGCUGCAGGCUCACAUGUUGUGUCACGAUGUCAAUAGCAUGACCAAGCAUUCGACGCACAUGGACGUUGUUAUGGGUUCUUCGGCCAGCGAUAUUAUCUGGUAUGAGCCAAUAUCGCAAAAGUAUGCACGCAUCAACAAGAAUGGGAUCAUCAACAACUCGGCCGUUUCCACGAUAAGAUGGAUACCUGGAUCGGAGAAUCUUUUCCUAGCGGCUCAUAUGGACGGAACACUUAUCGUAUACGACAAAGAGAAGGAAGAUGCACCCUUUGUCUCGGAAGAGCUGGUAGAUGAAGCGAUCAGUAUCCCAGAUGAAGAUCAGUCCACAUUGGUCAUCAGCAAAAGUGUGAACUCGUCAAAUCAAAAGGCCAAUCCAGUAGCUUGCUGGCGAAUUUCCAACCAGAACAUCACCGACUUUUCCUUUUCGCCGGACAAUAAACAUCUCGCUGUAGUCGGCGAUGAUGGUUAUCUUCGGAUAAUAGAUUAUCCUCAAGAAAGGCUGACCGAUAUAUACUCCUCUUACUACGGCGGGUUCACAUGCGUAUGCUGGUCGCCUGAUGGCAAAUACGUGCUCACCGGAGGCCAAGACGACCUCGUCACUAUUUGGUCGCUACCCGAACGUCAGAUUAUUGCUCGAUGUCCUGGACAUGAUUCGUGGGUGACGGCUGUUGCCUUCGAUCCAUGGCGUUGCGACGAGAGAACAUAUCGUUUUGGCAGUGUGGGCGAUGACUGCAAGCUCCUCCUUUGGGAUUUUAGUGUUGGCAUGCUUCAUCGUCCGAAAGGGGCGACAGCUAGGACUAGAGGCAGCAUCUCAUCUCCCUCGAUCUCGCUCCUUCGACAACGGACGGAGAGCACAAGUAUCGUGAACCGAAUCAGAUCCGAUUCAAACCGGACUGGAAGUUUCGUCCAACCUGACACUGUCGACGAAUCCGAAUUUCUCAACCACGCUGUUGAACCCCGAGCAAGGACGGCUCAACUACCCCCCGUAAUGUCCAAGAAGAUAGAUGAUCAUCCUCUGAGUGGUGUCGCAUUCGAACAGGAUUGCAUUAUCACGACGUGUAACGAAGGCCACUUGCGCACUUGGAACCGACCUCGAGAAGCCCCAAACAGCAGUCAAAUAGAUAUCUCCGAAAAGCCAAGGCCCUGA